CGGUGGGGAGCAGCAGCAGAGGCAGCAGCAUGAAGAGGAGACCUGGGCCGGGGGGCAGCAUGAGGUCGGUGGUGGGCUUCUUGUCCCAGCGGGGCUUGCAGGGGGACCCGCUGCUCACCCAGGACUUUCAGAGGAGACGCCUGCGGGGCUGCAGAAACCUCUACAAGAAGGACCUACUGGGCCACUUCGGCUGUGUCAAUGCCAUUGAAUUCUCCAACAAUGGAGGCCAGUGGCUGGUCUCAGGAGGGGAUGACCGCCGGGUCCUGCUUUGGCAUAUGGAACAAGCCAUCCACUCCAGAGUCAAACCAGUGCAGCUGAAAGGGGAGCAUCAUUCUAACAUCUUCUGCCUAGCUUUCAACAGUGGUAACACAAAAGUGUUCUCUGGAGGCAAUGAUGAGCAAGUUAUACUCCAUGAUGUUGAAAGCAGUGAGACCUUGGAUGUGUUUGCACAUGAAGAUGCAGUGUAUGGCCUUUCAGUGAGCCCAGUGAAUGAUAACGUCUUUGCCAGUUCAUCCGACGAUGGCCGGGUUCUCAUUUGGGAUAUCCGAGAGUCUCCCCAUGGAGAGCCCUUCUGCUUGGCAAACUACCCAUCAGCCUUUCAUAGUGUGAUGUUUAAUCCAGUAGAACCCAGAUUACUGGCUACUGCCAACUCUAAAGAGGGUGUGGGACUUUGGGAUAUUCGCAAACCACAGAGUUCACUGCUCCGCUAUGGUGGAAAUCUGUCCCUUCAAAGUGCCAUGAGUGUCCGAUUCAACAGCAAUGGAACCCAGCUGCUGGCACUGCGUCGGCGUCUUCCACCAGUCCUCUACGAUAUCCACUCCCGACUGCCUGUCUUCCAGUUUGACAACCAAGGUUACUUCAACUCGUGUACCAUGAAGAGCUGCUGUUUUGCAGGCGACCGUGACCAGUACAUCCUCUCUGGCUCUGACGACUUCAACUUAUACAUGUGGAGGAUUCCUCCGGAUCCAGAAGCAGGUGGGAUCGGCAGGGUUGUUAAUGGUGCCUUUAUGGUGUUGAAAGGUCAUCGGUCUAUUGUAAACCAGGUUCGGUUUAAUCCCCAUACCUACAUGAUUUGCUCCUCUGGCGUUGAAAAGAUUAUAAAGAUCUGGAGUCCUUAUAAGCAGCCUGACUGCACAGGAGAUCUGGAUGGUAGAAUUGAGGAUGAUUCACGUUGCCUCUACACUCAUGAAGAGUACAUUAGUCUUGUGCUGAACAGUGGCAGUGGUCUGUCCCAUGAUUAUGCCAACCAGUCUGUCCAGGAAGAUCCACGAAUGAUGGCAUUCUUUGACUCCCUCGUGCGCCGGGAGAUUGAAGGCUGGAGUUCUGACUCCGACAGUGACCUUAGUGAAAGCACCAUCUUGCAGCUCCAUGCUGGAGUAAGUGAACGCUCCGGGUAUAGUGAAUCAGAGUCCUCUGCCUCUCUUCAUCAGUCCCCACCGCAAAUGGCAGAAGAAUCAGACGAAACAGCCUAUAACUUGGGGACCUUAAGAUCAACAGAAUCUCCGCCAGCAAGAGAAGAUGUGGCUUCUCGUCAACAGAGGCUAUCUGCACUUAGAAGAUAUCAGGAUAAACGUCUCCUGGCUCUUUCCAAUGAGUCUGAUUCUGAUGAGAAUACCUGUGAAGCAGAACUGGACACAGACCUUUUCCCACGGCCAAGGUCCCCAAGUCCUGAGGAGAAUGAAUCUAGCAGUUCUAGCAGUAGUAGCAGCACAGAUGAUGAAGAGGAAUUGAAUGAACGACGUGCAUCAACACGUCAACGCAAUGCAUUGAGACGACGACAGAAAAUGCAAAGGGAAGAGAGGACUAGUACAAAUCCAGAAAAUGUGAGCACCUACAUAGGUGAGGAUCUCUAUGAUUACCCACAGAUCAAAGUAGAUGACCUUUCUUCUUCUCCAGCUUCUUCACCUGGAAGAAGUUCUACUAAUAUGGAGGUCCUCAAAGAAAGGGCCUCUCCUUGCUCAGAUAAUGAAUCAGUAGAGAGAAAGAUUUACAAGGCUUACAAAUGGCUUCAGUAUUCUUAUAUAUCCUAUUCAACUGGUAAAGAUGGUGAAUCCUCUCAUGAAGAGGGGGAGAAUGAUGAGGGGAGACCAGGAACUAGUGGAAGACACAGUACAGCACCCUCCUUAAAUAAGGAAGAUGCUAGUAACUUGAGUUUAUUAGUUCCUCAAGGUGCCCAAGAUAUUUCUACUGAAAGCCACAGCAAAGAAACUUUAAAGGAAUAUGGUACGGUAGAAAACUCUAGUAAUGGUCAAGAUCAUGAACGCGACAAUCAGCGACGGACAGAGGAUCAAGAAAGCACAUCCCAAGACACCAGCAGUGGGUCUGUAGAACAUUCUUUUGAGACUAAAAAGCUCAAUGGAAAAGCCAUCUGCAAAGGGCUAAGUAGUCGUACCGAAGAGCCAUGCACUCAAACUGCAGGACUUCUAGAACAGAAAAACAGCCAGAACUGUCAACCAGCAUCAAGCCACCACUCACUGGCUAUUUCCAAGGAUUCACUCUCUGCUGCCGCCAUCUGUAGCGGAUCUGGUAAUUACUCCAGAAACCAAACUGAUGACAGUGAGGACCGGAACCUUGAGACAUCCUGUGUAAAUCACAAUAAUGGCCACUUACAUCCUUGCCCUUCAUAUUUCAACAAUGGACAGAGGUUUGGAGAGCAGGAGACUAUAACCCAAGGACUACAAUCACACUUAAAUGCUGAUAAUGGCAACAUUGUACAGACAGGUGUGACCUUGCACAAAGACUGUUGCCUGUCUGAAAUGGACUCCAACAGUUACAGUGUGGGUACGAAAGAGGAUAUCAGCAACUUGCAUCUGACAGACAGUGAGAGCUCUCAAGCUCUUGGAGGACUGAAAAGGCACAGAGCAGAGUUUGAAGACACAGAUUCAGAGAAUUCUUCAUCAGAAAAGAAGUUAAAAACAUGAUAAAUGAAAAUAUCUGUUUAGCACACUCUCUCUUGCGUGCGUGCUCGCUCUCUCUCCUUAAAAAAAAGAAAAACAGGAAGUAUUAAAGGCACCAAGAGCCGGGGGUCUAAAAUGUUGCUUUUCUGACUCUCCUUUCCAUUCUUCAGUGGGUCUAUUUUAGAUUGCCUAUGGCUCAUGCUGUAUAAAAAUCCAAUCAACUCUCUGAUAAUGAGACUGAGUAUAGUGUACCCUUCAAGGUUCUGUUAAAGUAAAUCCUUAUUAAGACGGUUGACUUAUUCUUGUGUGAACGUGUGUUGUUUGUUCAGCCAGCCACCUAAUCUGACUGGUGUUAAUGUAAUUAUUCUGCUGAAGAGGAGUUUUUGCAUAUUGAUAGUUAUUCUACAAUGCAGGCUUUACAGUCUCAUGAAGAAUGAUUGUUGAAUUAGACCACACUGAUAGUGCUGUGCAGUGUGUUCUUUAAAGAAAAUGGGAGCAAAUGGGAAAAAGCGCUCUGGCCCUGUAUUCCACUUCAAAAAGUAAAGAAGUGUCAGAUAUGUUUUGAAAAUAUCCUCGUUCAUGUAUGUGGAGAUACUUCAUAAAGCACUUACGUUGGUGUACUUCAGUGAAGUCAUUUUAAUACGAAUACAAAGGUGUAGGAAACAAGCCUCUUUCCAAAAUCAGCUUAGGCUGUUCCUAUGAUACCUUUUACCUUUUUAAAAAAAAGUUAAUACAGUUGCAUCGUUAUGCUGAAAUAUUGAUGUUUGGUGUUAGAAGUGUGAAUUGAUGUAGACCCAACUCCAGUCAAAGGCCAUUCAAAUAUGGCGCAGAAAUAUACCCUUGAAUGUGCCUGGCAUACUUUGGUUCAUUGUCACUGGAACGUGACCCUGAAUGCAGGGAUGUAUAACAAAAGCAUUACCUUCUGUGUGCAUACUUACAAGAGGCAAUCUGUCAAAGAAAGAAGGAUGAUUAUAGAUGGGAGGGAGGGGAAAAUGUAUAAUAUAUCUGACACAGCUUCUCAAGCCUUUCCAAUUUUGCUGUUCAUUUGUAUCAAAAUUGGUCUUAUUCAUCACACUAGGGAGCUUGUGCAAAUAGGCUGGUGUUAGAGUACGUGGUUGGUUUUUUCCUCUGCCAUGCUGCAAUAUUGAAAUUGCAACUGGACCUGUGGUUUCCAGCUCAACAAGUAUUUCUAUGUAUGAACUAUUUACCCUAAAUAUGGCUACACUGAAACUUAGGAGGUGUCUUGUGUCAGAGAAGGGUGCCUUUGCAGCUUGUCGCUGUGAAGCUGGUAUAUCAUUCUGGAAUGAUGGGUAAUGUUGGCUGGGCCCUGUUUUUACUAGAGUGCAGUAGUCCAACAGCCCUGACACACUAGGUGUACUGGGGUAGUGGUACUAUUGCCCACACAAUUAGAUGAGAGGAAUCUAGGGAGGAAAGAGAAAACAGAUACAUAGGGCAUAAAAAUUACUUGUUUGGUUCUGAUAGUAUCGAUAAAAGAAAAAAAUGCUUGUGCUGAAUGUAGUAGUUGCUAGAAAGUGCUAGCAAAGGCUGCCUGAUUUUCAGGAAUAAGGAACUCUGCCUGGGAAGACAUUUUUUGCAAUACCAUUCUGUUCAGCUUGUGGUUCAGCAUUGGUUUCAGUAUAACUGCCUCACAGAUACUGUACCUGGAGGACAGGUAAAAUGCCCUGAAAAAAGAAAAUGAAAGACAGAGAGAGCUUCUGAAAGGAUGAUGAAAGGAAAGAGGAGAGAGGGAAGGAGAAGGGAAAAGAAUGUGCUACCCUUGUGGGAACUGAAAAACCUUGAUGAAUUAGGAGGAGGAGGAGAGAGAAAUGACGUGCCAUAGAUGAUUUCCUCUCUCCCGGUCAGGGUCCGUUUUUCUAAGGGGAAACACCGAUGAUGAGUGAUAGAAUAUUUAACGAGCAUGUAAGAAGGUUGGAGGGGGAAACGUUUUCAAAACAAGUGUAAGUAGCAACAAGGAAGUGUUAAUAUUUUGCUAUCUUACCCGUGGAAAAACAUUUCUGUAAUAGUGGGACUCAGAUUGCUGUAAUCGAGAUGGCUUCUUAGAGUGUCUUUGUUUAUACUUUAAAAAAAAAACUGUUGUAAAUCCUGGUUUUGUAAGCCCAAAUCUUAAGGUUGCAAAAGCAAAAAUCUAUCUUUUAAAGUUCAUUAAAUUGGAAACUUUUUUUA